AUCAUUGCAGUGCAAAAGGUCUUCAGUUUCAAACUUAUUCUCAUAUCAGUGAAGGGUAUAUUCCUGCAAAGAGUAUUGACGGUUUCUUUGCAGAAGUAGCCUGUCCAUGGCAAAAACCCACCGUUAUUGCGUACAGAUACACCACACACACGCAUGACUAUGCUGUAAUGGCCGAGGGAUACUUAAUUCGGAACGGUACCUGGAGGCUCUUGGGAAGUGAACUUACAAAACAUCGAUUGCAGGAUUGGACCGAAAUCCCAGGAGGCCCUGUAAGAAUUGAACCGGGAGACGUAAUUGCUUCAAGAUGCCUCUACAUCAAUGAAAAUGACACCCCUGUAAAAUUUGGUCUUACCCAUAAAGAAGAAAUGUGUGUCUUUGAAAUAGAUUUUGGAUUUGAGGAUCAAUAUCAGGAUGAAUUUAAACGCCCUCUUGGCUGCAUCGAAACCUCUCCGACCUUUUCCUUUUGCAAAGUUAAACCAUUGGAAAGUGUGUGUAACAAUUACAAACUAUAAAUAAAG